UUUAUGUGCAGUGGUACAACCGGCCUACCGACUCCCUCAUCGCAAAUCAUUGUUGCUGAUCAUCCCUUUCGCUUCUGGUUUUCUACUAACUUUUCGUCAACCCCAUUCGUUUCCCGGCCAUCUCUUCUUGAACCGGCACCAAAUUCUCAGUUCCCGAAAACCUUGCUCUUUUCUUAUAUAUAUACCUCGAAAUGCAUGCUUCCAAUUCAACAACAUGAAGAAGAAAAAAAUGUAAAAAUGUUUUAUCACUGAUUUCUCCUCCACAAACCACCCACCCUUGUCCUUUAGCCUAAUGGAAGGUAUGAACAAACCCACAAUAAGAAAGACGACGACGACGACGACGAUAACAACAAAGCUUGAAGCUUGCCCAGAAAGCUUGAAGCACUCUUUUUGGUUCUCACCCACUACUCGCCCACCUGGUUUAUUAUUAUUAUCUUCAAGCUUCGGUUCACAAUAUUUGAAUAUAUAGAAAAGUUUUGACACAAAUGGAUUCUGCCUACACUUACAACUCAAAUUCUUCAUACGUGUAUGACCCAAACCCUUCAUCCGGGUCGGACCUUGAGAGGCUGUUCGAUCCGUUUUCGCAUAGCAGUACUGUAGGAGGGUUUAACGGGGUUUUGCUAGGCGGGUCAGCGCCAUCUCACUCGUUGGUUUUGGAUAGUGAGAAGGGAGAGCUUGUGAAAGCUCCGGCGAGAGUAGGGAAGAAAGGGAUGUCGGAGGAGAAGACGUUGGAGGCUUUGAAGAGUCACAGUGAGGCGGAGAGGAGGAGAAGAGAGAGAAUCAAUGCUCAUCUUACUACUCUUCGUGGCUUAGUGACCUCAACUGAAAAGAUGGACAAGGCCACACUGCUUGCUGAAGUAAUCGGUCAAGUGAGAGAACUGAAGAAUAAAGUAGUGGAAGCAAGCCAAGGUUUUCUCAUUCCAUCGGAUGUUGAUGAAGUUAAAGUUGAAAGCUGCGAAGAUGGAGCAGAAGAUGGAGCACUGUGUUACAAGGCAUCUCUCUGCUGCGAUUACCGACCCCAACUAUUCUCUGAACUAAGACAGGCUAUCGAUGCCCUUCAGCUUCAGGUGGUGAAGGUGGAAACCUCAACUUUGGGAAGCCGGGUGAAAAAUGCGUUUGUUUUCACUUGCUGCAGAGGCGACAAUAUUAACAUGGAGGAAUGCCAAAUCCUUGCAAGGCAGGUUCACCAGAUGCUGAGUUCUCUACUGGAUAAAGCUUCAGCCAUGCCAGAAUGCUCACCAAGAACAACAGUUCUCCCAAGUAAAAGGCGAAGGAGCGCCAGUACUUUCUUUGACACCUCCAGUUCAUCGUCAGGAAAGCCUGGAUGCUGCUCUGACUGAUGCAUGCAUGCAUGCAUGUCUUCAUAGGCUAAAUAUUUAUGUAUCGUGUUGGAUAUUGAUAUAAACACUAAACAGUACCUCCUCCAAUGGACAUGUAUUCAAGAUUGUCUUUGGAUAUCCAAUGGGUACAGAAUAAUUUCCUUCAA